UGUGUCUGCAGGUGCAGCAUCGAUGUUUCUCUACAUGCUGGUCUUCAUGGCCUACCACGGCAGCAGAUGCAUCCCGCUGAAUCGGAGGCUGAAAUUCCAGAUAGUGAACGUAGUGUUCAUGGUGGUGGUUCUGGCCCCUCAGCUCUACGUCAUGGGGAGGCCAAGAUCCUCCAGAUACUGCAGGCAACCUCUUCUGAACAACCUGUCGGCGUCUGUAGCCCUGUCCAUCGUCGCUUCAGGUCUUGCAGUGGUAUUCACGCUGCUAGAUCCGGUUCCUCAGGGCCUGUGGGCUGCCUAUCAUGUGUUUGGACUUUUGUCAUGCGGGCAUGGGCUGUGCACCGCCAUCCUGACUCUCACAGCAGCCGCUUGUGCCAAAACCACCACAGAGCUGUACUACCUGUCGGUCGCUCUAACGGUCGCCUCGGCGUUCAGCACAGGUUUCUUCACGGUGAGAUCAGGACUGGGGUUGACCAACAGGCAGGCGGCGACGGGGACGAGCAGAAACAACGGGUGAUAAAACGGGCCCAGCUGUCCCCGCCCGCUGACAUCCGAUACGGCGCAUUUUAAAGAAUUCAUGAGGGGUUCUGGGCCACCAGCGGAUGGUAACUUAAAACCAUGAACAAAAGAGGGGGGAAAAAAAGUGCAAGUGUGUUUUAACGAAGUUCUGGUUGUAAUGCUUGCUUGCAGAAAAACUGAUGUGGCGAUUGUCAGACAUGCUUUAAAAUAAACUAACAGAUGUGUAGUUUACACUGUAGGGUAAGCUGUACAUACGCGUGUAAACUGUUAAGCCAAACGGAUAAAAACAGAUGCACUGAAAGUCAUAUUCAAGCACGAUUAAGUUUUAAUUUUCAAGCUUUACUAAAGGCUCAAGGUGUUGAUUUAACAUCCUUGCCCCAAAAAUAAAAUGUGCUGGUUUAAA